GAUCCCGUGUGUACACGCGCAGAGGCGCGCGCCCGCGAGCACGCAUACACGAUACAUUUCUUCCCCGUGGCGGCGAUCGCGGGCCCCCGCGCGUUUUUAUCUGUCCCAGCCGUCCGCGUGUGUUCGGUUUUUAGUGCACUGUAUGGUACGCGCGCGCGAACGAGCCGCGAUUAAAGGUCGAUGACGAUGCAACGGGUUCAAGAUCAGGACAAUGGGAUCAACAUCAAGUUCGGCCCGGGCAAGCCCCGGAAGGGCGACUACAGGCUGGUGUCGCAGAACUCCGACAACAAGGAGGACCGUCGAAACGGGACCAAUAGACCAGAGAAAGAUGAGAAGGCAGAGGAGGAGCUAGUCCCACCGGACGGAGGCUGGGGAUGGCUGGUGCUCCUGGCCGCAGUCAUGGUCAACCUUCUCAUCCCCGGCACCAUCAAGUCCUUCGGGGUAUUGUUCGUCGAAUUCCUCGACGUGUUCGACGCGUCACCGGCGGCAGCUGCAUGGAUACCGUCGCUUUGUUACUUCCUGUACAGUUCGCUGGGCCCACUUUCUAGUGUACUUUCGGUCAAGUAUUCCUAUCGCACGGUAACUUUAAUAGGGGGGACAUUCGCCGCGGCGGGGAUGAUGCUGAGUUAUUUCGCGAAUUCUGUGGCCUUUCUAUGCGUUAGUUAUGGUGUAUUGGUAGGUACGGGUGCUGGACUAGCGUUUCCUCCGACUGUAUAUAUCGUGACAUCUUAUUUUGUACGUCUACGAGGACUCGCCAAUGGGCUCUGCAUAUCCGGCAGCGCACUAGGCUCAAUAUUUCUUCCGCCCGUUCUGGGCUUUCUUCUACACGAGUACGGUUACAGAGGCGCAGUGUUAGUAAUGGGUGCUCUCACGCUAAACGUCUGGGCGAGCGCGCUUCUGUACCACCCGGUAGAAUGGCACCUGGUGCCGGCUCGGCCUCCAGACGACAGCGACGCGCAGGAUAACGGGGAGACAAUGUCGGGGACCGUCACCAGCAGCCCCGAGCAAGCGACGGAGAAGGGCAACAGCCAGCUGGCGUCACUGAGCAACUCGGUGAACGAGAAGGCUGCGCCGAUCGUGCCGAAGAGCGCGUCGAGCGUAGCCCUGGAAUAUUACAAGAACACACCGGUGCAAGGGCGCACGCGGAAGAUCAGCAUGCCCACCGGACGCGAGAUCAGCGGGCAGAUGCACAGCACGCCGACGUUGCAUGCCGUGCCAGAGCGCGGCGGUGCCGUGAUCGAUUCCGGCAAAUACACCAGAACGAUGAGGUCACCGCUGCACUCGCCCAGCACGUCCUCUUUUAACUACGUCAGCACCCCGUACCAUGGUAGCACGCUGUCGGUUCUGCACCCGGAGCGCGCGUCCACGUUGACGCUGAACGCCAUCUCCAGCACGUUCACCAGAAAGUCGACGACGAGGGAGCAGAAACGGCGCGAACACGACGAGAAGGAUCAACAGAACAAAUUCUUCGACUUUAGUCUGCUUAAGGAUCCCAUCUACCUCGUCAUCCUCAUCUCCAACUCCACCAACGCCAUCAGCUAUACGAAUUUCGUCAUUCUGCUGCCGGCCUACGCCAUCUCCCUAGGCUUCAACAAUUGGGACGCGUCGCUGUUGCUGUCGAUCGUUUCCAUGCUCGACCUGGUAGGCCGUAUCGGCGGCUCCGCUCUCUCCGACAUCAAAAUCAUGCCCAAGCACUGGUAUUUCAUCGGCGGUCUACUCGCCUCUGGGAUCUCUUUGGCCAUCCUGCCCACUUCCAGUACGUACGUCAUACUGUCCGUCUAUUGCGCCUUCUUCGGCCUCGCGUCCGGCAUCUACGUUGGCAUCACCGCCGUCAUCAUGGCUGAUAUGCUGGGCACGGAGAAACUCACCUCGUCCUACGGCAUCUCGUUGUUCGUCAACGGUGUCAUUCAAUUGGUGGGUCCGCCGAUUUGCGGUAUAGUGUUCGAGCAGAUCGGCAGCUACGGACCAAUCUUCAGUAUACUAGGCAUCAUUCUGGUGUUCGGCUCGUCUCUUUGGAUCAUGGUGCCGUUCAUCCGGAGAAGGCAGGCUGCGUUGAAAAAGCCCGCCCAAAUAGACAAAGUAUAAUAAACCAGCCUUAAAUUAUCCCAACUUUUCGAAUUUAAAAAUGUAAAAAUAUGAAUUAGAAGUCGUAUGCGACUCGACAUUUUGCGAGGGCACACAUGAGCUUAAUCGCGCGGUCGCCAAAAAAGCAGCCGUGCGAGCAGCAUAUAUUUAAGUGUGUGGGAGAAAAA